AUGGCUCACUUCCUGCGAGGCCUCUUUCCAGAGCUUUUUAUGCUGGACGAAGUUGCCCGCUUUGGCGUAAAUUCCCGCAUCAGCACUCUAGCAUACGACCCAGUUCAGUCUCUCCUUGCAGUUGGCACAAGCGAAACACAAUAUGGAGGCGGAGAAAUAUAUGUUUUUGGACAGCAGAGAGUCUCUGUGGUGUUCCAGCUUCCCCGCAAAGCAGCGUCCACCAUACUACAGUUCGCCGCCGAUAAGCUUAUCAGCGUGGAUUCGAAGAACGAAGUCUGUGCAUUUUCUCUAGUAGAAAAGAAGCUGGUUGCUUCGUAUGCGCCUCCGGGUCUGGUUACUGCUAUCUUAACUGAUCCUUGCCUUGACUAUGUGUUUAUUGGGCUGCAGAACGGUGAGCUUGUUACAUACGACUUAGACCGACGGAUACCGGCCCCUUUCAAGCUUCCGAACUUCUGGAAAGAGCGUAACCCGCGAGCCAGAGUCCUUCCCAUAGUGUCACUGGCUUUUCAUCCCCGGGAUAUUGGUGCCCUUUUGAUCGGAUACUCCGAUGGUGCUGUGUUAUUUUCCGUCAAGCAAAACAAGCCUCUAAAAUAUUUCCAGUUCGAAAUUCCUCCUGGUGCCCCUGGGAGUAACUCCAGCCCGUCUUCUCUAGGAGAAGUUCGGCGACCAAGGAUAACAAAAGCAAUCUGGCAUCCCACAGGCACAUUCAUUCUUACCACACAUGACGACUCUAGCCUUGUAUUCUGGGACCCAAAGGAUGGCAGGCUUGUGAUGGCCCGAACUCUGACUGAUAUUGACAUAGACAAACCUGGACCUGCAUCAAAAGCCUCGGCUUCUAAUCCAGAUGCAUUUUCUUUGAAAGAGCCCAUUUUGCACGUGGCAUGGUGCUGCAAAGAAAACCCUGAUGACACCGGUUUGCUUAUUGCAGGUGGCUCUCCAACCACGAAGCAGACAAAAGGAUUGAUCUUUUUUGAUCUUGGCCCAACCCCGAACUACCAGACAUCGUCCUGGCAGAUCCUUUCUAAUCAUUUUGCAUCCCCAAGACGUGAAAUAAAAUUGGGGACCCCUCCUAAUGCAGAAGUUGUUAACUUUUGCUUAAUCCCUCGGUCCUCGCCGCAUUUUGCUGGCGGGCAAGACCCAAUCGCGGUUCUGGCGCUUCUAUCAUCCGGGGAACUAGUCACCUUGAGCUUUCCGAGUGGCCAUCCUAUAUCUCCCACUAAUAUGCUCCACUUAUCCCUAUCAUUUGUGCAUCCGUUCAUUACCAAAAUGUCCUUAGCAUCCGUUGAUCGCACUAGAUGGAUGGGCUGGAAGGAAAAAAGGGCCCAAGGUCCUAAGGUUUUAAUUGGCGGUGCUGUCGCGAAGCGUCAUAUGAAGCGAUUUGAGAGCCGUGAUAUUGCUCAAAUGGCUCACGCAGAUGGCCUUAUUCGCAUGUGGGACACUGGCCAUGAUGAUGAAAUUGAGAAUCCUACAGUCGUUCAGGUUGACCUUGCCAGGGCGGUAGGGCGUUAUCACAACGUCGAGGUCGCUCAAAUGUCACUAGCUGGUGCAGCUGGUGAGUUCUCCGUUGGCCUAAGGUCCGGUGAACUGGUGGUAUUCCGAUGGAACCGUAACGAAAAUGCUGGCAGUGACUUGCCACCAGGAAAUAAUGAAGGUCCCGGGCUUGUCACAAAUAUAGCCCAUAGAGCGGACCCCGGCUUAAAAGAAGGUUUCCUGCCUAUGGUUUUAUUUGAUCAGCGCCAGGGCUCCGUCACAGCCUUGAAGCAUAGUGAUGUUGGUUUUAUCUGUGUUGGCUACCAGUCAGGGAGCAUAGCUUUCGUUGAUUUACGCGGCCCAAAGAUAAUACACACAGCCAGCCCUGCCGAUUUUGGAAAGCUGUCUCGCAGAACCAGCAUUCGGAAGAGCCACGGGUCCGUUGAAACCGCAGCUGAAUGGGCCACAUGUAUUGAGUUUGGCGUCUUGACUCUUGAUGGAGAUAAUUAUUCGAGCAUUGUUUGCUUCGUCGGCACCAGUCGUGGCCGACUCGCUACCUUCAAGCUAUUGCCGUCUUCAAGUGGCUUUUCCGUUUCGUUCGCUGGCGCAACCUCUUUUGAUGAUCGAAUCUUAGCUAUCUGCCCUAUCAACGCUGACAAUGGCCAGCUGACUCUGGCGACCCAGCAAGCUGUUUCGGGUUUGAGAAGUGGGUCUAAGAUUCACGGUGUUGUUCUUGGUGUGACUCCUUCUGAGUGCCGGAUAUUCAAACCCUCCAGCGCCAAAGGGGCUCACAAGACCUGGGAUGAAUUCAUGUGCGAUUCUGCAACCGUUGUCAAAAGGGGAGACGCUUAUAGCUUGGUGGGCUUGUUCGGUGAUGGAAGGGCCAGAGCAUAUUCAAUUCCAGGUUUGAAGGAAAUCGCCUCCGCACCUAUCGAUAAGUUUUUCGAGGUAAGGAGGUUUGGAGAUGCUCGUAUUACAACUUCAGGUGACGUGUUUGGCUGGGUUGGGCCUUCGGAGGCCGCUAUGGUCCAUGUCUGGGGUGCUGGGCUACCUUUGGAUCGAUGCGCGGACGUCCUCUUCAAUCCCGAGCUGGUAGUCCCUCCUCGGCCGACUAUCUCCAAUCUUCAAUGGAUAUCCGGCACCCAAUAUGUGUCAACCGGCGACAUGGGACCUUCUUAUUGGCGGCCCCGACCGUCCGCCAUCGAAACGAAUGAUGGAGCAAAUGCGUUUAGAAGAGCAAGAACGUCAGUCUGCUAA